UACUCCUGAGCAUACACUGUAUAUGCUGUGCUUAUAUGCUGUGCAAAACUGAAGGGGAGGAGCCGCUACACCUAUGCAAGACUGAAGGGGAGGAACCGGUACACCUGUGCAAGACUGAAGGGGAGGGCCGGUACACCUGUGCAAGACUGAAGGGGAGGGCCGGUACACCUGUGCAAGACUAAAGGGGAGGAGCCGCUACACCUGUGCAAGACUGAAGGGGAGGAUCUGGUACACCUGUGCAAGACUGAAGGGGAGGAGCCGGUACACCUGUGCAAGACUGAAGGGGAGGAGCCUGUACACAUGUGCAAGACUGAAGGGGAGGAGCCGGUACACCUGUGCAAGACUGAAGGGGAGGAGCCGGUACACCUGUUCAAGACUGAAGGGGAGGAGCCAGUACACCUGUGCAAGACUGAAGGAGAGGAGUCGGUACACCUGUGCAAGACAGAAGGGGAGGAGCUGGUACACCUGUGCAAGACUGAAGGGGAGGAGCCGGUACACAUGUGCAAGACU